UUUUUUUAAAAGCCAACUACAGGACAGUUCCUGGUCUCUAUUGCGCAUGCGUACGCAGACGUAUUAGUGACACUGGCAGCUUAUCUGCAGAAACAGAGCACUGAGUUACUGAGAACCGACAAGUUUAUUAAGAGCAAAGUUUCUUUUCUGGGAAGAAGACGUUUUGAAGGAUUUAGAUUUUAUUCGAGCCAUUAGUUGUCUAACAGCUCUGAGAACGUUUUAAGUAUUCAUGUUCUGCACAAGUACAGGCUGUGAGAGAGUUUUUCAGGGGGUGUAACGCUAGCUGUGCAGCUAGCUGGAGCUUAGCAAAACUUUCUUGUGAAAAAUGCCACCUUUACAAUGCAGCGUGCGUCCGAUCUUGCUGCUGUGUCUCUGUACGCCCAUGGCGGCUGGGAUUGGGGAAACUCUGCUCCUGGAAGGCUGGCAGGAUAUGUGGCUUUUCCGUUUUUUCCUCAACAUCCUGGGCUAUGGCACCAUCAUCGUCCCUGGAUAUCUCCUGAUUCGCUACUUCAGGAAUGCUAAUUAUCUUGACACAGGUCGAGGGAUUUGGUUUCCCGUUAUAAAAGCAUGUGUGUUUGGCAGUGACUCUAAACCAACGCUGUUGGAUGAUGUAUCCGAGAUACCAAGAACCGAGUCCACUUCAUCGGCACAGCAAGCCAUCAAACUCUUUUUCUGUGCAGCAGGACUCCAGGGCUCAUACUUGACGUGGGGCGUGCUGCAGGAGCGAGUGAUGACGCGUUCGUAUGGAGCCAAUGAACAUGGGGAAACCGGCGAACGAUUCACAGACUCUCAGUUCCUGGUGUUCAUGAACCGCAUCCUGGCUCUUACUGUGGCUGGCCUCUGGUGCCUACUGUUUAAACAGCCCAAGCACACGGCACCCAUGUACAAGUACUCGUUUGCUUCCAUCUCCAACAUCCUGAGCAGCUGGUGCCAGUAUGAAGCCCUGAAAUAUAUCAGCUUCCCUACGCAGGUGUUAGCCAAAGCCUCUAAAGUCAUCCCUGUGAUGCUGAUGGGCAAGCUGGUGUCACACAAGAGCUAUGAAUACUGGGAAUAUUUUACAGCUGUGCUCAUCUCAGUAGGUGUGAGUAUGUUCCUUUUGUCGAGCUCGAGCAGUACCAAGCACGCAACCAUCACGACUUUCUCCGGCGUCAUCCUUCUGGCCGGUUACAUCAUGUUCGACAGCUUCACCUCCAACUGGCAGGACAAGCUUUUCCACUACAAAAUGUCCUCGGUGCAGAUGAUGUUCGGCGUGAACCUGUUCUCCUGCCUCCUGACAGUGGGCUCUCUGUUGGAGACGGGUGCUCUGUUCGACUCGCUGGCGUUCAUGGGCCGCCACGGUGAGUUUGCAGCUCACGCCGCUCUGCUCUCGCUCUGCUCCGCAUGUGGCCAGCUCUUCAUCUUCUAUACGAUCGCACAGUUCGGUGCCGCCGUCUUCACCAUCAUUAUGACCCUGCGCCAGGCCAUUGCUAUCCUGCUCUCCUGCCUCCUCUACGGCCAUGCCGUCUCAGCAACGGGAAUUUUGGGGGUGGCCGUGGUGUUCUUUGCACUCUUCCUCCGUGUCUAUGCACGCAGCCGAGUGAAAAAGAGCAGCAAGAGAGCAGCACAGGCACCAUUACAGAAGGUCUAGAUGAAGGACAUUGAUAACACAACCACGUUAUUUGUGGUUUUGCUUCCUCUAUUUUCUUGCGUGUGUGUGUGUGUCUGGGUGUGUUUCGCAAAGCUUUGUUUCUACUCUGUAUAUAAAAAAAGGUACUGAAAGGGGUGUCUUUUUUUUUUUUUCUUAUUUUUAAUUUUUUUUUUUUAAAGGGGUGACCAGAUUACUGACUAAAAGAGGAGGGAUGGUUAUAUACUCUGUGUAGUGUGUCGGAUAUGUGUUUUGUUCGUGGCUUCUGUUUUUGCCGAAAGCAGCCCGAUCCUUGGAUUUGUUCCAUUGGGUGUGUGCUAAGAUAUUUCUGUAAGUCUUUGUUUCUGAAUAAGUGUGAACGUUCUUAUUUAUGGUAUGGAUUUUAAUUACAACCUUAUAGACCACCAAGCUGGCUGAGUCAAGAAUCAUUUUUAACCCCAUUUUUGUAAAACACAAAAUGUUUAAAAAUCCUUCAUGAUUGUGUGAUACCACAUUACAUUCUCAAUUCCUUUUUAUUUAUUUUUUUCAUUCAUCCAUCCAUCUAUCCAUCCAUCCGUCUUCUACCGCUUAUCCGGAUCCGGGUCGUGGGGGUAGCAGCCUAAGCAGAGCAGCCCAGACUUCCCUCUCCCCGGCCACCUCCACCAUUCUCUUCCGGGGGAAGACCGAGGCGUUCCCAGGCCAGCCGAGAGAUGUAAUCUCUCCAGCGUGUCCUGGGUCUAUCUUGGGGUCUCCUCCAGGUGGGGCAUGCCCAGAAAACCUCCCUUGGGAGGCGUCCAGGGGGCAUCCUAACAAGGUGCCCGAACCACCUCAACUGACUCCUUUCGAUGUGGAGGAGCAGCGGUUCUACUCCGAGUCUCUCUCGAAUGACCGAGCUUCUUACCCCGUCUCUAAUGGUGAUGAUACACGGGGCAACCUUUUGGGCAGUGUUGCUGGGCAAUUGCGUUUUGACUCUUUUCUAUUGAGAUUGGGCAACAUUGUUUCUUUCUGAAUGGUUUUGAUAAUCUCUGGCAACUUUUUGAGAUAAGCCAAUCAGAACGCGAGUAUCGAGUCAUGUGACCUCCGGUGAGGUUCGGAUCAGAAAUUUCAAACAAAUAUGGCGGCCGCUCAGUGUCAGUGGAGUGAAGAGAUGAAGAGACUCCUCAUCUGUUUUUACGCCGGUAAGUUAUUUUAAUAUUCUAUAUGGAGGAAUUUACCUCACCAAAGCUCUAAACAACAGACAGCUUGAUUAAAUGGUCACAGCAAAAAUUAAGACAUCGAUUUUUUUGGUUUUUUUUUUAAGCUAACUGUAAACUGCCGUUGCUAACUGUUGUUGCCCAUUGUUAGUUGCCCUGAAAAGUUGCCCUGUGUCUCACCUAGUUGCCCGUUGCCAGCAACAUUGCUCGGCAACAUUGCCCAAAAAGUUGCCCCGUGUAUCAUCACCUUAAGGGAGAGCCCAGCCAGUCUGCAGAGAAAACGCAUUUCGACCGCUUGUAUCCGCGAUCCCAUUCUUUCCGUCACUAUCCAUAGCUCGUGACCAUAGGUGAGGGUGGGAAUGUAGAUGGACCAGUAAAUUGAGAGCUUUGCCUUUUGGCUCAGCUCUCUCUUUACCACAACAGACCAGUUUAGCGUCCGUAUCGCUGCUGAUGCUGGCCCGAUCCGACUGUCCAAAUCCCGCUCCUCCCUUACCCUCAGUCGUGAACAAAACUCCGAUAUACUUAAACUCCUCCACUUUAGAUAGCACCCCCCCCGACCUGGAGUAGGCACUCCACCCAUUUCUGGCUGAGCGCCAUGGCCACGGACUUGGAGGUGCUGAUCCUCAUCUCAGCCGCUUCGCACUCGGCUGCAAACCGUCCCAGCGCAUGCUGUAAGUCACAUGAUGGUUUUUUUUUUUUUUUUUAAUCGACACUGUGGUUUUUUUGUUCGUUUGUUUUGUUGUUUUGUUUUUGUUUUUUUUAACCCAGUGAUGAGUUUUGAGAUGAUCCUUAUUGAGAUUUGUUUAAACCCUGUCUGACUGAUAACCUCUGAAUAUGUGAUAAAUCGGGCUAGUACCUGGGCUGCUGUUUUAACUGGUCAUUAAACCUCACACUACUACUA